CGCUAUAUCUCUAGAUGAUGUGACGUGGAAGGUCGCGUCUAUCCCGAGCCAUGGAUCGGGAUGCGUUGCCAUUCCCUCUGGCGGCUGGCUACACCACUUUGGCCUUAAACGGAGCUAAAGGAGGUGCGACAAAAUAUUUAUGUCUCCAAUACUUGAACUAUGCCCGUUGGACGUCUCAGCAAUUCAGCUGCAACCUUCCGACCUCGCUUCAGAUUAUGGCCAGUCUGCAUUUGAAGUCGGAGUCGGGGCAAUGGACGCCCCUGGGCUUCCUGAAAUUCUGGCGCCCGGCAGUGACCUUGCUGAAUGAGACGGUCCAUUGGGGGAUGAAGGUGCCCCUCUGCAUGGCCCUCUACCAGGAGCUCCGCUCCUCGUUCGGCGCUCAUGGGGGGCUCGCGGCUGCCACGGCGCUCUCCACGGCUGGGGAGGUGGCGCUCACUGGGUGGAGCGAACGCUUUGGAGUGCACAUGGGCCUCAAGCAGAUCGGCUCCUAUCGCGAGUCCUUGCGCAUCGCCUGCGAGGCACGUGGCAACCUGCUGCUGGGUGCCUGGGCGGGCGCCGGCGGGCUUUGGGUGCGGAACUUCUCUUGGAAUUUCACCUUCUUCGAGUGGAAGCGCUUCCUCCACAACGCUGUGGAUCGAACGCCCGAGAACGCGCCCCAGUGGUUUCAAGAUCACCUGGAUUGGCUGCGAAGUCUGGAAAAGAAGAACCAGGCGAAUGUGCUCACCUUUGAGGCUGCCACCCUUGGCACCUACCUGACGUUCUUCAACAUGGCUGGUGACAACAUCAAGACGAAAAUGCAGGUAUUGAAUCGUUGGCGGAUCGGCGUUUGUGGAUCCUGUGCGCUAUACGAGCGUCCGAGCGACGGCGGGUGAGAUCUGGACGCAGCACGGGUUGUUGGGCUUCACGCGCGGAAGCCUUUUCAAGGGGAUCUAUUUGAUCCUCGGAUCCACCUUGGCGAUUGGAAUUCAGGAACGGCUCACGGAGAUCAUGGCAGCCCUCUUGAGAUAGGACGGUCUGAGUCUCUCUCAGACCCUCGCGGUGGGUCGUGUGGCUGCAAUUUCUCUUCCAGUGCUUGGCUUGGAACGUUUUUGGGACUUGAGGCCCUUGCCUCCAAGAGUUUGAGCCAAGCACAGCGUUUCCAUGAUCUUUGGAUCAAUUGGAUUGGGGGUUCGCUCCUGCCAUUUGCAUCACUUGUUCGAGC